AUGAGUGUCAACUAUCUAAUUCGCCAAAUCCAAGCAUAUAACCCCGAUGCGGAUUGCGAUCUUUUGCGAAGAAGCUAUGAAUUUAGCCAAACCUAUCAUCAUGGUCAGCAGCGGAUAUCCGGAGAUGCUUAUUUUACCCACUGCUUUGAGACAGCCAUGACGUUAGUUGAAUUGAAAUUGGACACGGAUACCAUCUGCGCCGGGCUACUGCAUGACGUACUCGAAGAUACAUCAGCCACCCGCGAUGAACUUGUGGAUCAGUUUGGAGACACAAUUACCGAAUUGAUUGAAGGUGUGACCAAUAUCAGUAAGUAUAAGUUCAGAGGCGGAAUCCAACAAAGGCAGGCAGAAAAUUACUUGAGGCUACUUCUGGCAACAGCGAAGGAUACACGGGUUAUCCUGAUCAAAUUGGCAGAUCGGUUGCAUAAUAUGCAAACACUCGCCUCAUUGCCAUCACAUAAACAGGAGCGUAUUGCCAAGCAAACUUUUGAGGUUUAUGCUCCGCUCGCCCACCGAUUGGGGAUUGCGCGGAUUAAAAGCAGGCUUGAAGAUCUGGCGUUCAAAUAUCUGCAGGCCACCGAAUACAGAGAGAUUGCUGAUUUGCUUGCGGCGAAGUUAGGUGAACGGGAGGCGUAUACGAAGUGGAUGGUUGAUGUUGUUCAACAGGAGCUAGAUCUAAUGGGGGUCAAGGCGAGGGUCUACGGCCGCCCUAAGCAUAUCUAUAGUAUCUAUCAAAAAAUUCAUCAAAGAGGGGUUCCGUUUGAGCAGAUCCGAGAUCUAUUCGGACUUCGCGUGUUGGUCAAUAGCGUGGGAGAUUGUUAUGCAGUGAUUGGAAUUCUACACAAUAAGUGGAAUCAUAUUCCUGAGCAAUUUAAGGAUUUGAUUGGUCUUCCAAAAGCGAAUGGCUAUCGAUCUUUGCACACAACCAUUUUAGAUCGCGGGCAGCCUGUAGAAAUUCAGAUUCGGACCCAUGAAAUGCACCAGAUCGCUGAAUAUGGAAUUGCUGCUCAUUGGCGGUAUAAGGAAGGGAUGCCAUCGGAAACAGAUAACGAAAGGAUUUUUGCUUGGUUCAGAGACAUGCUUGCGGAGAUUCAAGAGUUCAAAGAUCCGUUUCAGUUUAUCCGCUCUAUGAAAGGUGAGUUGUUCCCAGAUGAGGUUUUCGUCUUUACGCCCAAAGGAGAUCUCCACAGCUUGCCGGCAGGCUCAACGCCAAUUGACUUCGCAUACAAGAUACACACCGAUAUUGGACAGACCUGUUCUGGUGCGGAAGUUAAUGGCGCGAUAGUUCCCUUUAAGUAUCGGCUACAGAAUGGGGAUCGGGUGAAAAUUCAGACUCGUGCGAAUGGACACCCAAGCCGUGACUGGCUGCGGUGGGUCCAAACGGCGCGGGCACGUAAUAAAAUCCAGUCUUGGCUCAACGAACAAAACCGGGCACAAGCAAUUGGUUUGGGAAAACGACUGCUCGAACUUGAAAUGCGACAACGCCAACUGAGUCUGAAAGACUAUCUCAAAUCAUCAGAACUACUUGGCAUAGCGGAGAAACUCGUAUCGAAGAAAAAGGCGCAACUGCCGCUAACUGAUGAACUUUUUAGACAAAUCGGCAAUGGUAAAGAGUCGGCAACGCAUGUUGCCAACUUAUUGACUCCUGAACCACCUCCGACCACUGAGAAAAAAGAAAAGACAACACGCCUUCCCCAAUCCGCACCAUCAAUUGAAAUGGAAGGUAUUGAUUUAGAUCUGGCACGUAUUAUGAAGUGUUGUCACCCCAUUCCGGGAGAUGAAAUCAUCGGGUAUCUCACGCGGGGACGCGGUAUUUCCGUCCACAGGGCAGAUUGCCCUCGAAUUAUUAAUGAGUCAGAAAGAAUUUUUGAUAUUGAAUGGACACCUGUUGAGAAUGUCACUUAUCCUGCGCCAAUCACUGUUGAGUGUGACAACCGCCCCGGAAUGUUGGCAGAGAUUACGACAUUGAUUGCCCAGUACAAGGUGAAUAUUGACACAAUUGGUUCCCAUAGGUUCAGCAAGGAGACUGGUCAUGAUCGAUUCACUUUGGAAGUGAAUGGAAUUGAGCAGUUAGAAGCUAUCAUGGAGUCCAUUCGUUACUUAAAAGGGGUGCGAAACGUCUCCCGGGUUGCAUCUUUUUCCUCUGAAAAGCGCAGAAGCGUAUAA